AUACAACGUACAUAUAUAUUGGCGAGUGCGAUUUUCUCUGUACUCCUCGCGCAGCAAGCAAUAGUGCUUGCUGAACCAUUGCCGCGCAAGUGCGCUACCCGAUGCAGGACCUCGGGCAUACGUCAAGGUCUCCAUAUUUGCUCGUCGUGAAAGAAAACACCACAUCUCGACCCCGCACAGAAACACUGGAAUAUUAACAAUACCAUGUCGUCCUACACCUCCGAAUAUCCCUCGAUACCCUUCGAGCCCGCAUUCAAGAAGUUCUUCGAAGACUUCUACGCAACCUCCGAUAUUCCCGAUGCGCACGAUGCAUACGUGCAAUUUUUCACCAAAGAUGCGGCGCUCAUAAUGGCAUCCAAAAAGGCACAGGGCUCGGAAGAAAUCCUCGCGCUCCGCAAAGGUCUGUGGGACAAGGUCGCCAGUCGUGUGCACAACCCGAUCAAGAUCUUUCCGUAUGGUCCGAAUUCAAAUGAGGUGAUGCUGCAUGGAACGGUCAAGUAUGGGUUAAAGGCUGGCGGGGAGUCGAGUUUAGAUUGGGCGGCGUAUGCGAGGUUGGUCAAGGAGGAGGAGAAGGUCAAGAUGGAAUUCUAUCAGGUGUAUCUGGAUACUGGUGCGCAGGCUAAGUGAGAUAUGUCAAUGUAGGCAAGCGACAAAGUAGACUUCACUGAGCUAAUUCUUCGUUCAUUGCUUCUGUCCUGUGGAUACACAAUGAAGUCUGUACUGAUCCUCCUGUACAAACAACCUGUCAUCUUUUCAUAUUCUGGGUGGUCGUCGUUCUUCUGCAAUGGAAGCUGCAGCUGUACCAGACAGGUGGGAUUAACCCGCAACCCAGCUCAAUCUUAAGGCUUUCC